AAGUCUUUAUCAAAAUGACAUGCUAAGUAAUGGAGAAGGGGAGGUGUAGUGUGUGUGUGACAGGAGGCGCAGGUUACAUUGCUUCUUCACUUGUUAAGAAGCUUUUGGGUGAAGGGUAUACUGUUCAUGCAACUCUCAGGAAUUUGAAUGAUAGCACAAAGGUACGACUUUUGAGGAGCUUUUGUGGGGCGGAGGAAAGACUGAAGUUGUUUGAAGCUAACAUAUACAAACCAGAGGAAUUUGAGGCAGCAAUCCAAGGUUGUGGGUUUGUUUUUCAUGUGGCGACCCCUCUGCUCCACACUGAGGGCUACAAGCAUAUAAAUAGGGUUGAUGCAACAGUUGAUGCAGCCAGGAGCAUUGCCACUGCUUGCAUCAGAUCAAGAACGGUGAGGCGGCUCAUCUACACUGCCACUGUUAUGGCUGCUUCACCAUUGAAGGAUGACGGGAGUGGUUUCAAGGAGUUCAUGGAUGAGACCUGUUGGACACCUCUCAAUUUUUCUAUUCCUUAUGACAAUGAUGUUCUUGAGGACUAUACUCGAGCAAAGACAUUGGCUGAGAAGGAACUCUUAAGCUUUGGCAGUAACAAUGCCGGAGAAAUGGAGGUGGUGACACUGCCCUGUGGCCUUGUGGGUGGAGAUGGUCUUAUGCCAUAUUUAUCUGCAACCUCAACGGUGUUCUUGGCACAGCUCACAAACGACGAACUUGCACUAAACUCACUGAACUUCUUACAAGAGCUGCUUGCAAAAAUCCCAGCCGCUCACAUUGACGAUGUGUGCAAUGCCCACAUCUUCUGCAUGAAAGAAGCUUCAAUGAAUGGCCGAUUCCUUUGCGCCAACGGCUACAUCUCGACUGCAGAAAUUGCCAGCUACUACCAGCAGAAAUAUCCUGAGUUAAGCAUCAAGAAAGAGCACUUUGAGUGUCCUAAAUAUGAAACCAAGUGGGGGUCUAAUCUGCUUGCUGAAAAGGGUUUUCAGUAUCAAUAUGACUGGCAGAAGGUUUUGGAUGAUUGCAUCACUUGUGCUAGGAAAACUGAAUAUGCUGUAUUCAAGGAUUUUUACUUGAUCUAGUUGUCUAGGAUUUCCUUUGACUGCCUAAUGCAAGAAUAUGGUAUGUGUUGAGUACUUGCAACAUUUUUCAUGCAAGAAAAAGGAAAAAUCA